GACGCUUCGUUAGCAGUGGCAGCAGCUGUGUUUACAGUUCCUUCGUGCGCUGCACCGAGAUGUCAGCAGCUCCUGUCGUUCGUCGGCGGCGCGUGGAGACACCGCACGCACGGUCAACGACGCGGCGGGCGCUGCGCAGACUGUCUUUCGAUUGAGCGGCUCGCGCGAGCGGGGACCCGUGCGUCGGAGAUGUCGUGAGUGCUUCUGCCGUCCUCCCGCUGCCGUGACGAUUGAGCCUGCCCCGAGGUGAAGUGCCGCACGUCGCCACCAGCGUCAGCGUGGUAGCGUUAAUCCCCACGCGCGCCGCUCGAGCGCGUUGUGCAAGCUGUCAGGUGCGUGACCGCGAAGCGAUGUAACGUGGCGUCCUGGGCGAGCCUGCAGCUGCAGCUGCUGUAGCUGAUGCCAAUGCUACUGCUGCUGCUGCUGCCAUCGCCACAGUGGAGAGGGGAGGGAGACUGCUGCAUGAGGAAAGAGGGCCUCGAGACGCUGGGCGAUGAAGGCAGCGUAAACAAUUGAUUUUGUUUACCGUCACGAGGACGCGAUGAUGGACCCGCACGACUCCCCAGUGCCGGGUCGCAAGGGCGAGUUUCAGAGGAGGACCGUGUGCCGCAUCUCCGUGACUUUGGUCAGAAAGGAGCCGCUGGCGCUCAGGGAGGACGGCUCGGCUCCCGCCGGCGAGUUCGCCCCAGCGGCCAAAGGUCGCGACGUUGCGAGCGCUCUUAACGGAGAUUGCGCCGGCCGAGAAGGGUCGCGUGCCGGCAGCUACGAGAGCCUGACUCGGAGUGGCCUGGUCAUGGGACACCAAGGAGCCAGCGGGAAAGCGCACGGCGAUGGGCGGUUCGACACCAAGGUCCUCCCGUCCAACGCGGCCCUCCAGCGCGCGCCGCCGGAUCAUUUCAGCCGUGGGGUGAUGCUCGCCGAGCAGGAGGUGCACAGUCGGCCCUCGAAGGGAAAUGUCCCUGCCGGUGUGGACGGCGCCGCUGGAUCACCGGAAGGGAGUGCUGCUGGUGCUGCCCCCGGGAAGAGCGGCAGGGACGGCGCCGAUGCUCAGCCGUGGCGCCCGGCGAUGGCGCCAGAGCAGAGGAAGCGCGCUCACACCAUCAGCUGCAUCACGGGCCGCGUGGACGUGCCACCGCCCAGCCCGAGGGCCCUGCAUCAGACAGUGUGGCGCCGAAACCCGGAGCUCGUGUUCCUGCUCGGCGAGAGGGCCCGCAGGAGCGCGCGGCUGCUGCGGGAAGAGCGGGCCAACCGCUGCCUCCCUCCUGGUCGGGAUGGGUUGGAACCGGGGCUGGCGGAGCAGGGCUUCCAGUCCACGUCUGACGCUGCUGGUCAGUGCCCACCCGCCUGGCAUGAGCCUCACGAAAAAGAGAAACAUUUUCAGAAAAAAAAUGAUUUACCUGUGGAUUCUACUUCGUCCUCUCCAGCACAUUCAUUUCCCAAAGUGGAACAGAAGCCACAUAUGGAGGCUGUUAAACCGGCCACCCAUGAAGGUGAUGCAAAUCAAUCGGUAACGUUCCAGCCAGAUGCUUGUAACCCCCGAGUAAAGCCGCGUAACAAAGCCACGUGGGAGGAGGGCUCUGAAGGGAGCUCCAGUGCAUCCACUCCCUCAGGACGCCUGUGCGUGGAGGCCGAGCGGCAGACAAAUCCACAGGUGCACAGCGGCGGUGGGGGCAAUGCCAUCGAUGCCAGCGCAGGCGACCAAGUCCAGAACAGUGAGGCGGAGAUGGUGGUGGCACAUCACAGGGCUCGAUCGCACAGCUGCGCAAUGGCGACUGCCGCCGAGGCCCUCGCUCGUAGGAGAUUCCAGCCGGAGCUGACGGACGUGCCGGAGACGGCAGCGAGCAGACAAGCCCGCCCGGCCCUGCGGAAGAGAAGCCUGAGCCUUGGCCAAAAAUUCCGAGAGCUGUCGCUCGGGAGGAAGCUCUCGAGCAUGCGCGGCCGAGGCGGCGGCCCGUCGACGGACGAUGAAAAAGAGAGCGGCUCUCCGGGUGGCGGUGGCAGAAACCUGUCGACCGAGCCGAAGGAUGGCGAGACGAACGGUGAGGGCGGUGGGCGCGUGGUCCGGAGUCCGCGCAGAGAUAAACCGGCGGCGGAGGAGGGCCGGGUGAAGAGGCUGCUGAGCGGCGCGUUCAUCAGGAAGAGGGACGUGGUCUCCGCAUCCCCAUCGCGAGGGGUCCUUGCCGGCAGCUGGGAGCUGCUGCCCGGGGCCCUGCAAGGCGGCGCUCGCGCCAGCGACGACUCGUUCGUAAACAGCCAGGAGUGGACCCUGUGCCGUGGCGUGCCGGAGUUGCAUGUGGGGAUUGUGGGAAACCUCGGCAGUGGCAAGUCAGCGCUGGUGCAUCGCUUUCUGACGGGCGCGUACGUGCGGGAGGAGUCUCCGGAAGGGGGACGCUUCAAGAAGGAGAUGGUGGCAGAUGGCCAAAGCCUCCUGCUCUUAAUCCGGGACGAGGGCGCACCGCCGACAGAGCAGUUUGCGUCCUGGCUGGACGGCGUGAUGCUGGUGUUCGCGCUGUCCGACGAGGCGAGCUUCCAGAGUGUGGCGCGCUACCACCAGCAGCUGUCGUCGCUGUGCAGCCUCUCGGAGCUGCCCACGCUGCUCGUGGGGACACAGGACGCGAUUGGGCCGGGCAGCCCACGCACCGUCGACGAUGCCCGCGCGAGGAGGCUGUGCUCCGAGCUGCGCAUUGGCACCUACUACGAGACGUGCGCCACCUACGGCCUCAACGUGGAGCGCGUCUUCCAGGAAGUGGCCCAGAGGAUCGUGGCCACGCGGAAGAAGCAGCAGUUGUCCAUCGGACUGUGCAAGCCUAUGGUGACGCCACCCUCCACGCCUGUCGUUCCGUCGUCCCCCAUGGGGCCCCUGUCCCCGCACCCUGCGCAGGUGAUGACGCCACUGGCUGCUGUGCCCCUGACCCUCCACGUAACACAGCCGUCUGCGCUGCACGGAGGCCUUUACUCACAGACGCACGUGGCGGCGGCGGCAACAGUCGCGGUCAUUCCUGCGCUCUCAUCAUCGUCUGCUUCCACGCCGGCCAGCACUGAGCGCGAAGUGCGGAUUGACGGCGCCAUCACCCCCACGUCGUCGCGCAAGCAGCCGCGGCGUCGCUCCAUCUUCACGUCCCGGAAGGUGAACCUGGAUGGCGAAAGGAGGAAUGACGUCGGGAAAACGGACAUCAUUGGGAGCGGCAGGGAGAUUCCCAUUAAACAGGGUUUCCUGAUGAAGAGGAGCAGCAGUUCUCUCAAUAAGGAGUGGAAGAAAAAAUAUGUGACGCUCUGCGACAGUGGCACCCUCACCUACCACCCCAGCCUGCAGGACUACAUGCAGAACGUGCACGGCAAGGCCAUCGACCUCCUGCGGACGACGGUGAAGGUUCCGGGCAAGCGGCCGCCCCGCGCUUCCUCCUCCAGCAUGAGCAGCCUGGGGGGCGUCGGCGGCGUCGUCUCCUCGCCGUUCGCGCAGCAGGCGGCGCAGGCCGGCGCGCACGCUCCGCACGCCGCCCGCCCUCACACCGCCGCCUCCGGCUCGCAGCCCAACGGCGCGGCGUGCGGGCGGGCGCCCCCCGGCGCGCCCGCGCCGCCGUCCUCCGCCGCCUUUUCCGCGUGCCCCUCGUCCCUGCCAUCGACGUCCAUCCUGCAGCAGCUGCUGGGCUCGAGCGCGGGCCACCGCGUGUCGCCCGCCGGCGUGCAGGCCGCGUUCGGGGCCUGCUCGUCGACGCCCUCGUCGCCCGUGUCGAUUGCCGCGGCGGGAGCCCCCACGCUGCCCUCCUGCUACUACCCGGCGCCGUACCAGCCAGGCGGAGGCGGCAGCAACGGCGUGCACUCGCGCAGCGCCAGCAGCAACUCGUACUGCGCGAGCGGCGGCGCUGGCAUCGGCGCCGCGGAGCUCAGCCGGGAGCUUGGGGGCAUGCACAUCUCUGGCAAUGGAGGAGUGCAGUCUGAGCGCUCUGCCAGCACCACCAGCCUCGCCAUGCACCAGCGCUCCGCUUCGCUCUGCAGCUCCGAGCACUGGAUUGACGGCGGCGUCUUCGACGACAGCGCUGUGGACUCGUCACACUUCAGCCCGGGCUCCCCGACGGGCCGGCGCGACGUUCCCCCGUCGCCGCACGCCGCCCGCAGGAAGGGUCGCUGGAACAAGACGGUGCGGAACGGCCGUCCGGAAGGCACCACCAACAACGAAGAUCCAGAAGAGACGUUUGAGUUUGUGCUGGUGUCGCUGUCGGGACAAACUUGGCACUUUGAGGCCCCCAGCUGGGAGGAGCGAGACGCCUGGGUUCAGGCCAUCGAGGGCCGCAUCCUCGCCAGCCUGCAGUCCUGCGACAGCCGCAAGACGAAGACGCGUCUGGGGAGCCAAGGCAGCGCGGUGGCAGCGCAGAACAUCCGCGACGUGCAAGGGAACGACGUCUGCAUCGACUGCGGUGCCCCCAACCCCGACUGGGCGAGCCUCAACCUGGGCGCCCUCAUCUGCAUCGAAUGCUCGGGCAUCCACCGCAACCUGGGCUCGCACGUAUCGCGCGUGCGCUCGCUCGACCUGGACGAGUGGCCCGACGAGCUGGCGCAGGUCAUGGUGUCGGUGGGGAACGCCAUGUCGCGCGGCGUGUGGGAGGGCUCCCUCGCCGGACAUGCCAAGCCAGGCCCGCACAGCUCCCGGGAGGAGAAGGAGCGCUGGAUCCGUGCCAAGUAUGAGCAGCGCCUCUUCCUGGCGCCCAUCCCCUACGCGGACGCCUCGCUGGGCCAGACGCUGUGCCGCGCCGUCCGCGCCGGCGACCUGCGCUUCGUCGUGCUGCUGCUGGCGCACGGCACGCGCAGCGACGUCAACGAGCCCGAGGAGGACGGCGAUGAUGACGAUGACGACGACGAGGGAGGUGGGGGCACCGCCGGCGGCGGUGGCGGCGGCAGUCGUCGUCGUGGUGGUGGUGACAGCAUGGCCUGCACUGCGCUUCACCUCUCCUGCGCUCUGCCCGACGUCGUCAUCACGCAGCUCCUCGUCUGGUACGGAGCCGACGUCCUCGCCCGCGACGCGCUGGGCCGCACGCCGAUGACGUACGCGCGCCAGGCGCGGUGCCAGGAGUGCGCCGACGUGCUCGCGCAGCACGGCUCCCCCACCGACCACGAGCCGGGCCGCUACCCGCCGCCCAGGUUCGCCCUCUCGCCACCACGGGGGGCGGGCGGCGCAUCCCUCGCCAACCACGCCAAGCAGCCGAGCGGGGGACCCGGCUCCCGGCAGGGGUUCGCCGCACCCAGGCUGGGCAACGGAUGAGUUCGCCACCCCGCCCCCACACCCGCCCACUCCCCCCACCCCCCCCCCACCCGCCCGCCUGCCCCCCUCUUCCCAGCGACGUCGGACUCGACGCCGGCGGCCCCCCGCUGACCAACCAACGGGACUUCCGAUUGAGCCAUGCUGCGCAGCUCCACGUAGCUGGAACAUUUGUAGGGAACGUUUGUAGUGAGUGAGCGUUUAACAGGAACGAUCUUACGAAACUUUAGCGGUGAACGUUUUGCGAUCGCAUUGCCCGCACGGUGAGGGUUUUUUUCUGCUAUUUUCACGCAGGCAGCUUGCAUUAUGUUGAGACCUCACCGUCGUUCGAACGGCAGUUUAAAGUUUUUUUUAUUUUUCUGUUUUAAUCGGCCACAGGGAAAUGAUCGCAUGUGGCUUCUUGAAGAACGGUUUCCAUUCACACUGCGAAACUGAGAUAUGAUCAAAGGGAUUGAUGGUAUUCAGCUUCGGUCUGUGUGGUGUAUCAUUACGGCCGGAAUGCAUUCGCAGAGCCCGAACAUGUGCUCGCCCUCUCUCCCUCUCAUCUGCCAAAGUGAUCACAGAAGACACAUAAGUAACGUGUGAAAGAAUCUUAUUUAUUUAUUUAUAAUGCUCAUGAGUUUUAAAAAAAGAUGUACAUAUUUAAACCCAAUUAUAGUUUUCGGAUGAGCCGAUUCAACUUUUUUUUCGUCAAGAAAGUUUCACCACACGCAAAAGAAAGGGAGAAAGUUUAAAUUGGCGCUUGACAAGUGUGCGUUCUAAACGUUAAAAGAGAAACUCAACAUCAAACACAAUGGCUAAUUGUGUUAAGAAGAAAUCUACGGUUGGCUUGAAAAUCGGCCCCGUGUCUGGGUCGCGUGUCUUUGAUGGCGCAGAUUCUCGUCGUCGUUAGACGAGGGCAAUAACCGGUCUGCGCACGAUCGACCAAACGAAACACCCGCUGCCUUAAUUCCACCACCUUUACAUAUCCACUGGAAGAUGAGGGAUUGUCGAGACUGAAGGGGAGCCAUCCAGCAAUAAGACUCAAACUUUUAUAGCGAUACAGAUCGGUAAUAAAAACCCUCCGUGAAGUGGCAAGCACAAUAUUUGAUCGUAAGCGCCUUGGUGUAUAUUUCUUUUGUUUGUAAUCGAUACUUAAGAGGUGGGGAGGAGGGGGGGGCACGUCGGUGUAAAUGUGUGUGCUGCGUUUACAGUGAUGUACAAAGUACUCCUUGUACCUUUUUUCAGCAUUAGCAUACACCUCUGUGAACGCCGCGUGCAGGCAUGACAGGGUAUAUUAUUCACUCGCUGUGAGCACGGCAGAGGUUGUGCGCUACGCGAGGAAGCCACAUUAAAGGGCAGGUUCGAGAAUCAAGUCGAACCCAUCAAAGGAGAGAAAGCAACCUUUAGAUUUAGACAGCAGUCAGUGCGGGGUAAUUGGCAGCAAGCGGAAGGCUCUUCCAGACACAGAGAAGAGAGAAGGAGCGAAUCUCCCAGUGAGCAGGGAAACUUUGAUGGGAAGUCAAGACAGAGGGAGAGAAGAGGGUGGAUCAGAAUUAGAAUAUUUAUUCAUACUGCAGACACCCAAUGAGCUAUAACUCUCUUUUUCACAAGUGACCAGUAGGGCUGGGUCAGUACGUCACAACAACAAUGCUGUGCGGGUAAUUGGACAGACUUCCCCUUUUAGGGUUUUCUCUUCUUUUCUGUGGUGCAGCUUUGGACCAGCAAAAGCGGUGGCUGCUUUAGCCUCGUAGGCACAAGUGGACAACAGCCAUAGCCACACAAACUCGCGCGCCCAGGACACUCACAGCGCUGGCAUUUCACAGGAAGGGGGGAGCCUUGGCGGGUUUCGUGACCGAAAUUUACCUGCUGGAAAAUUGUCCUUUAAAAUUCGACGGCGACGUGUGAUAAAUCGCCAUCGCCGUUGGUCGUCAGCGGAGAUGGAUGGAUCAUCGUAUGCAGCAGUGCUCAUCGCAUCCUCAACAUCAUCUCCGGCAGACAUCAUCAUCCUCCUCAGCUGCAGCAGAAGCAUCAGCUGUGGCAGCAGUCUCAUCAUCAGCUGUGGCCGCAGUCUCAUCAUCAGCUGCGGUAGCAAUCAUCAGCUGUUAUUAAUGAUCACCAACUGCGUCAACAUUCAUCACCGUUCACCACCACCGUCGUCAUCGUCGCUGUCAACCGUCUCGAUAUUUAUUUUUGCGAAGCGCCUUUCCCACACAAAAAAAAACAUACGCAGUGUAAACGUGUACGCGCACGCGUGCACGUUUCAUACUUGUCAACCCAUUCUUGUAGAGGGAAAUUGAGUUUUCAGGUCCAUAUGGCAUACAGCCGUUUCAAUACGGGCAAAAAAAAUGUGUUUGUCUAUUUGUUUGUGUUUCUCCCUUGUGAUGGGACUUUGUAGGAUGAACGUUGAGUUUUAUAAAGGGCACGGGGUGACCAAUAAGGUCUGAAUUGGUCUGUAAUAAGGUAGGCACUGAUAAGGGGUUGACAGGUAUGAUGCGUGUGUACGCGCGUGUGUGGUUACGCGUGUACGCGCGUGUCAGUCCACGCUUGUGUGUGUCCGCACGUGUGUGUAUGCAUGUGUGUGUGUGUGUACGCGUGUGUGUGUGCGUGUACGCGUGUGUGUGUACGUAUGUGUGUGUGUACGCGUGUGUGUGUGUACGCGUGUGUGUUUCACGUCGUGUGUGUGUGUACGUGUGUAUGUGUGUGUGUACGCGUGUGUGUGUAUGCGUGUGUGUACGCGUGUGUGUGUGUACGUGUGUGUUUGUACGCGUGUGUGUGUACGCGUGUGUGUGUACGCGUGUGUAUGCGUGUGUGUGUGUGUAUACGCGUGUGUGUACGUGUGUACGUGUGUGUACGCGUGUGUGUGUACGCGUGUGUGUGUGUACGCGUGUGUGUGUGCACGCGUGUGUGUGUGUGUACGUGUGUGUACGUGUGUACGUGUGUGUACGUGUGUGUGUGUACACGUGUGUGUUUCACGUCGUGGUUGCGCACCGCCGCAGCAUUGCGCUGGCAAACUCGUCCGCCGCUAGUAGGUUACAUAAAUGUAAUGGAUGCUGGGAGCGGCGCGUGUGUAAUGUGGAUGUAAAUGGGCGAAAUGUUUCCCCCCCCCCCCCGAUGUUGCUCUUUUAUGGCACUUGUUUGCUGACGGUGCUGAUGCUACGCAGUGUGCACCGCGGAAUAAGUGAAUAACAUCUCUCGGAGACAGGGGGGAACGUAAGGAUUGGAUAAACAACAACAACAUUCUCCAUCCCCCCACCUCGCCCCACCCGAGAUAUGAGCCACAACGAGCCAGGCCCUCCAAGCCCCCCCCCCCCAUUCCGCUACCCCAGUCCCCACUCGUUGGUGUGAAAUAGCGAACAGUUUGGCUGCGUGGUGAGAGCACGGCACGCGCAUCUUGGGGUUUGUUUAGCGAGAUCGGGGCGGGGGGGGAGGAGGGGACCCCCCACAGACAGAAGAGGACUUGUACUGUUUUCUCUUGUGGAGCUUAAUUAGCGCUAAUUAAGCUGUGAGCGGCCUAAUUUUUCACCGUGGCCUGGCUUCCUCCGUGCUGGAGGGAGUCUUGCUUUUUUUUAUCGGUGACAUCCCCUCCACUGGCUGCCCCUCGACCUCUCUCACCCGUCCCCAUCGCCACGGUGUCAUGCAGGGGGGUGCCUUCCUUUGUGCGUGCGCUUGCGCGGGGGCGGUGCGCUCAUCCUGGCCGGCCUGAGUGUGAUUCCCGGCCAUGGUCGACAUCAGUGGCAAAAAAUAUCUUCUUACAGUGAGUGGGUCCUUGUCUCUUCCCACGCGGUCAAUUUUCAGCCUUAAUUGAGCGCCUGUUGCCACGCAUAAAACACACCGGCAUUUGGCGAGACGAGGGCGGUCAUGCGCUGGGGCCCGACAAAACCGUUCCCCGGAUGACACCGUGCCGGCCUUUGAAAAAAAAAAGGUGCCCUCCGACGGGCACUCGCUCGUCGCCAUCGCAGGCGACUCGGGGUUCAAGCCCGUCGAUGCAACAGCCGCACAGCUGCACGGCGGAUUGACGUCCCCACUCUGGAGGGCGAAGCGGGUGUCGCUCAGAAUUCCCCCGUGCUCUUCUUGUCCCGAGCGACGGUCGCACUGACACCAGUUGGUGACGUUUGGCGCACGGUACAACGGCGCAGCUGACUCCUAACUACCCGGCGAGUGGCGAGUGCAGGACGUGCACAAGGCGACCGUGAAUCCAUUCGCGUGUUGUUAUUCUGUCGUGCGACAUGCGUGUUGUUAUUCUGUCGUGUGACGCGUGUGUUGUCGCUGCGUGUCACUGUGUGCGACAAGUGAUUGACUCCUUAUGUAUAUUCGUAUGUGCUGUAUAUCUUUGUGCCACUGCGUGAGACUCCGUAUGCGUGUAGCAGUGUGUGGGCGACUGUGCGCGUGUAUCACUUGAACCUAGUUCAUUCAUGGUAUCAUAAGCGGACCCUGGUCACUCAAGGUUCGACUCGGCCUUCAUCAAUAAUCAUUCGUCGUGUGUCGGCUGCGGUGUAUAGACAUCAGCACUAGGGAGACAAAGGCGGCCGGGCGUGGUACUGACCACAUAUCACCCUCUCGUGCGCCACUUUGAUAGGUGCUCGCGUUUUUUUUUCUAUGAAAGGCCAUGUGGGAUGUCUUUGUAUGUAUAUGUGUAUAUUAAUGUGUACGUGUGCAUGUUUGUCGCAGUGUUAAUACAGUGCACGUGUGUGCGUGUGUAUCACUUUGUAUCGUUGUGUGGGGAGCGGUGAUGCAGUGGUUAGCGCACUGCGCUGCGAACCCGCCGACCCAAGUUUGAUUCCUGCUCACGACCAAUAACGGCGGCGCACGUUUGAACUGGCCAUGGUGGGCCCUCCCUUUUGUCAAGUCUGCCUUCAAUGAGUACCUGGUGCGGUGUGUACACAUUAGCGUUGGGGAGGAGACGUAGAGCGGCCGGGAGUGGUGUUGGCCACCCACACACACACACAUUUGCCGUGCCGGCCUUCAUCGGUGCUCGCAAGUAGCACUAUACCCAACAGCGCGUUAAAAGGCUAUGCGGGGGGGGGGGGGGGUCUUUGUAAUGUCACUGUGAGUGUGUGCGCACCACUCCGUAUGUGUGUGUGCGUGCACCACAUUAUGUAUAUACCGUAUGUGUGUGUACCACACUUUACCGUAGUGUGUGCAAAGCCGUCCCUAUGGUACGGUGAAUUGGGGCGACUGCCCCGGGCCCCGCGCUUUGAGGACCCCCCCCCCAUAGCGCUUCGACGUCACGGUGUGUCAGAUGGUUUAGUUUGAAGGCCCACGCAGAGGGAAUUUGCCCCGGGCCCCGCACCCCCCUAUGUACGGCCCUGUGUGUGUGUCACAUUCUGUGUGUGUGUGCCACAUUCUGUGUGUACCACAUUCUGUGUGUUCGCCACAUUGUGUGUGUGUGUCACAUUCUGUGUGUACCACAUUCUGUGUGUGUGUGCCACAUUCUGUGUGUACCACAUUCUGUGUGUGCCACAUUGUGUGUGUACCACAUUGUGUGUGUGUGUGCCACAUCCCGUGUGUGUGCCACAUCCCGUGUGUGUGUCACAUUGUGUGUGUACCACAUUGUGUGUGUGUGUCACAUUGUGUGUGUACCACAUUUUGUGUGUACCACAUUGUGUGUGUGCCACAUUCUGUGUGUGUGGCACAUCCCGAGUGUGCGCGCGCGUUUACACGCGGGCGGGCAGCCUUAACGUGUCGCCGUGGAGGGGGGGGGGCUGGAGGGGUUGUUUCUGUCGUUUUCUCUUCUCCCCCCUCUCUCUCCCUCCCCCCUCUCUCGCUGUCUGGGCAAGGCGCAUUAUAAAUCUGCGGAGGGGUGCGCGUUUUGGCAGCUCGCGAGCCGAGAUAAUGGCGAUUGUCACAAUCGCUUAGAGCUAAUCUGUCCGCGGAGAGGAGGAGGACGGUGGGGGCGAGGGUGGAUGUGAGGGGA